AUGAAACUUUUGAAAUUAAUGACAGUUACGGUCCUGAUGGCCAUACUGCUUGUCCAAUGUACCGCUAAAUCUCAGCCUGAAGACUAUUAUGAUGAUGAUUAUGAUGAAGAUGAAGAUUAUGAUGACAGCGAUUUAAGUGAUACCGGCACCGGAGAUUCUUAUUCAGGGGAGGCAGGCUCGGGUGAAUCCGGAGAAUCAGAAGCAGCUGGCGAAUCAGACGAAUCGGGUGAACCCGGAUCAGGAAGCGGUCAAUCUGUUUCUAAAAACCAACCGAAAAAGAAGAGCUCGGGACAUAAAAAACCAUUACAUAAAAAGCAUAGCCCCAAAAAACAUAUAAAAAAAUUAGCAUCCCGUAAGCUCAAAAAAGCUGUUGGCAGAAAGUCUCAUCGUGGCUAA